GUAGUGUUUCUUCUGAUGAACAAGGUAGCGAUUUGUUUUUAUAGCUUUUACACUUUUUUGAUGUUCAAACUUAUUUCAUGUUCAACUUCUGCAGGGAGUCGAGAGGAAGGAGAAUUGCCAGCUGAUGCUGCUUCUCCCGGAGGUAUGGAAAUUGAGGAAACAAGCUUCGUCCAACAAAUGCAUGAUGCUCUGAAGGAAGGAUCGGCUGAUGUUCCACCAACUCCUGACGUUGAUCCAUCAGCUGCGGACACAGGUACUGAUCUUUCUCCUCUCGGAAGAGAAAUCCGAGAAAUGAAUGAGUCGGACCGUGUGCCUCCUCUAAUGACCUGUGCGCUUUCUCUCCUUUUAGUCAAAUUAAAAGAAGCAGGUACCAGUAGUGGAGCUCUCGAAUCAGCCCCGACCAAUGAAGGUAAAAUCGAUCUUUGUCUUGGGCAGAUUCGUCUAAAUUUACAUGUUAUUUAUGGUUCCUCAUGUUCUUUAGACAUCCCGAUGCACGAGCCUAUUGAAGGAGAAGCUACCCAUGCCACCAAAGUCGAUGAUUUUAAUAAUUUCGACUUUAAUAUCUCAGAGGACGACCAUCAACAAAUCCUUGAUUCUCUGUUAGAGAAAGCCUCUGAUGCAACUAUCGGCUCAGAUGUUGGAAUUGGUUCAACGGAAGCCGGUCCUUCUGAGAGUAAGACUUUGGUUCUGUGAACUCCACAUAUAUAUAUACGUAUAUAUUUUGACUUGAUUAAUCAUAUAAGUGUCUGAAUUAUAGGACCAACUGCUGGAGCUGAUACUACUAUAAUCACUGGAACGUCUGAUCGGCCAGAGGGUAGCGAACUCGUGCCAUGGGCAGGAACUGAGGUUGAUUUGCAAUCAUCAGUUCUUGAGCCUCAACCUUCUACUCCUAUGGACCCUAUGAUGAUAGAAGUCACUGUCACUCCCCAGAUUAGUCCGGUCGCAACAAAAGCGAGACCAACUGAAGGCGUUGGUACGUCGGCUGAUGUUAUGCCUAUUGCUGAAUCAACUCUUAAAGAGCCUCUUAGCUUGGACCCGCCGUCUUCUGAAGCUUUAAUUGAAAAAGCCUCUGAUGUAGCGGGUGCAUCAACAGCUACCAUUCCUGAAUCAACCUUGGUUGUUCCGGAAAUCAGGUUACCAUCCUCGGGUGAACUAAGUCAUGCUGAAGGUUCUUCCAUCGAACUUGUUCCUUCAUCAUCAUUAUCAGAUCGCAUCCGAGCUUUGUUAGCAGACGAGGAUCCGGAUAAAGCCGGCAUUUGCUCUGAUCUCGACGGCUUCAUCUCCUUUUUGAAUUCUAUGGUUGAUCGUAUUCUCUCCAAAGGAUCGCGAUUUGAGAGUUUUAAGAAACCUCUUGACUUGUAA